UCGCCAUCGCCAACGACGAAAACCGACAACGACACACACACGACCACCCUCCCCCAUCUUGAUCUUGUUGAUCCUGUCUGUAGUGUUCUUGUUCUGCGGCCUGUGCUCGCUGUUGUGUUCACGUGACGAGGAAGGAACGACAAAGCCGACCGAAGAGAGAAGCACAUUUGCUGUCAAUUGAGAGCUGUAGAGCUGAUACAUACCACGCGCGCACGACCUUGUUGAUCGAAACGCUUCAAUCAUGGGUGCCCAACAGUCCAUCCCAAACCUCGCCGCUCUUGAGAGCGAAAGCAACUUCACCGAGGAAGAGAUCAAGCGCCUUGGCCGCCGCUUCCGCAAGCUCGACACCGAUGGCUCCGGUACCCUCUCCGUGACAGAGUUCAUGGCCAUUCCCGAGCUUCAGCAGAACCCGCUGGUGGAGCGCGUGCUGGCCAUCUUCGAUGACAACAACGACGGCGAAAUCGACUUUGAAGAGUUCAUCAAGGGCAUCUCGCUGUUCAGCGUGCAGGGCGACAGGGAGAAGAAGCUGCGAUUUGCGUUCCAGAUUUAUGAUGUUGACUGCGACGGGUACAUCUCCAACGGCGAGCUGUUCCAGGUCCUCAAGCUCAUGGUCGGCAACAACCUCAAGGACUCCCAGCUGCAGCAGAUUGUUGACAAGACGAUCAUCUAUGCGGACAAGGACGGCGACGGCCGCGUAUCCUUUGAGGAAUUCUGCGCAGUCGUUGGGCAGUCUGAUGUGCGAUUGGAGCUGCCAACCAUCUAACCUCCCCAACACGUCAUCAUCACCAUCAUCAUCAUCAUCGUCACCGUUGUACCACUGCCCGCCCUUUACUGCCGUUCGCUUGGUUUCUGUGCUUCUCCUCUUGUGUCCUCUCCAAAUUGCACGUGCAUGACUUUUGUUGUCUGUGUGUGUAUGCAACUUUCCACUUGUUUUGGCCAUAUGUAUGUGCACUGAUGCCAUGCGCUGUCAUGCGGUUUGAUGUUUUCAUGUGACAUGAUGUGACACCAUCCAUGUUAAUUCCUGUGUCCCGCCUUCAACGUCUGCUGUUGUCGGUGCAUGUGCGUGUGUGUGCGUGUGUGUGUGUGUGUGUGUGUGUGUGUGUGUGUGUGUGUGGUUGGCACCUGCUUUCCUCCUUUUGUCUUGCGUAUCUGUGCAUGCGCUUCUAUGUGCAUGUGUGUGUGUGUGUGCUGUGUGCAAUAGUUGUUGCCUGUGUUGGAUCUGGUUGUGCAAGAAGAGUUAUGUCCUCUGUUGUUUUCUGUGUUGGCUCGUGCGCGUGUGCAUACGUGCGUGCUGGCUGGCUGGUUGUUUCUUGCGCUUGUCAUACCGAAUAGAAGACAUUCCAAAGCGAAUAGAA